AUGGGAAACUGUAUUAAAAAAGAGUCGCCAACGCAAUGGGGAGGCGAAGACUGGGGAUCUCCGGUGUCGGAAAAAUUAAUUUCCGGCAACGACAAGGUGACGAAGAUAGAAGAAGAUCAGAAGAGGACUUCUUCUUCGACCGAGGUGAAGAUAAAGAUUACAAAGAAGCAGUUGGAGGAGUUAUUGGGUAGAAUGGAGUUACAUGGGAUGUCUUCGGAAGAUGUGCUUGAUCAGCUGAUCAACGGCGGUGAUCAGAAGUACCAGACUCGUCAGAGGUCUUGGAGGCCUUCCCUGCAAAGUAUUCCAGAGGUCGAUUCAUGA